UUCACGCGAAUUCCGUGCGCGUCCAAUCUUUCCGAAAAUUCUUAGUAUCUUUACAGCUAAUCGGUGUAAUUUUUCUACCAAAUUCGAAGAUUCGGUAGACGGACAGGCUCCGUUACCAUCGAUCGUAGGAGGACAAAGAGAAUCGGUACCCACCCAAACGUCUAACCGCAAUCCGAGGACGACGUUGGGCGAGUCGCUACGAGCGGUUGAAAGUCUUCGAGCUCCAUUCGGUCGAUCCGGAUCUGCAUAAGAGCGAAACACCGGCCGGGGUCUACCUGUUUCAGUCGACUGCUGCCGAGCAACACCGACCACCUUGACGGUCCUGGAGAACGAAGGCCGGCUGCGGAGAGGCACCUCGAGGAGCUGUGGAACGUCUCUACUUCGGGCUCCCAAUUAGCGCCCUAAAAGGACCGACGCCAUGGACGACAUCGAGGUCGCCGAGAGGAAGGACUCCGACAUCGACAGUGACCCUUGCGAGGAGGAAAAACCGCCGAUCACGACCACCACGAAGAACGCCUUGAUAACGACUCAGCUGGGCCCGUGCGACGUCUAUCCGCAUCGCGUCAAAGUCUCGAUCGUGGGCAUAGGGAAGGUCGGAAUUGCCUGCGCCAUCGCGAUCCUGAUGAAAAGGUUGGCGAGCGAGGUCUGUCUGAUCGACCACGACGCGGACAAGGCUUCCGGCGAAGCCGAAGACAUCCGGCACGUCGGCGUCUUUUUGGGAAGUCCACUGGUAACUGGCACGGCAGAUUUUAGCAUGGUGAAGGAAUCGGCCGUGGUGGUAAUCAGCGCCUGCGAGCCAGCACCUGGCGAGGUGCCGGACGUGAAACACAAUUACAAGAUAUUCAAGACGAUCAUCCCGGGCAUUGCGAAAUUCGCUUGCAAGUCUGUGCUGUUGGUGGUAACGCAGCCGACGGACGUGAUGUCCUACAUCACUUGGAAGCUUUCGGGUUUCCCGUCGAAUCGUGUUCUGGGCACCGGUACUCUGAUCGACUGUGCCAGGUUCCAGGAUAUCGUCAGUCGGAGGCUGAACAUCGCGAGGAGCUCUGUUAACUGCAUGACGAUCGGGGCUCAAGGGGAUAUGGCAGUGCCUGUGUGGUCAAGCAUCCACGUCGGUGGUAUGAAACUCCGUGAUAUAAAUCCCAGAAUCGGCGAGGCAGAUGAUCCAGAAAAAUGGUACGAAAUUAACGAGGCUGUAAAGAACAGUGGCAAGCAGCUCGACGAAAAGAAGGGAUUAAACUGUUGGGGACAAGCUCUCUGCACUGCGGAAAUCAUAGACGCCAUUGUCAGGAAUACCAAAGUUGUCCUACCAGCGUCAACGCACAUACACAGCUGUGCCCACGGGACGGACAAGGACGUGUACAUGUCGGUGCCCUGUGUGAUCGGCCGGGAAGGUGUGUAUUGCACUGUUAGGCAGAAGCUGAGCGAGCCGGAGAAGACCGCGGUGCAGACGUGCGCCGACAGCAUCCGAGGCGUACUACGGGAAUGCGGUAUUCUCCAGGAGGCGCAAAACGACACCGUGGAGUGAGCCCAGGCCCGAUAGAACCGACGGAGAAAGGCGCGGGGAAGAGACACCUACCGGAAAUUGCGGCUGUCGUAGACGGAGCGAGAGGAAGCAGCGUUUUAGAAAGGCGUCUUCAUCAAUAACGACCGCGCACCUGGCGACCGGUUCGCAGCGCGAGCCUUCGAUCCCCCGUAAUAAAUGACACCACGGAAUCGACUUCCUAGAAAACUAUCGCGAAUCACUGUCCGUCCAUUCCGCGUCAUAUUAUGCGCCGACCGCGGUGCCGACCCAUAGAUCUUCGACGUGUGCGAUAAUGCGUAAUGUUGUCUGCGAUCGAAUAACCGGCGCGCAAUCGUGUUAACGCUGGAACAAGCUGCGCCAAAUUUAGUGGGGAUGCUGGCACAAUUAGUACUUGUACGUCGCUCCGUUGAAUUGAGAAAAUUGUUGUAACAGCGUACUACUAGCAGAAUUCAUGAUACGAGCAUCGAGAUGAUCGAACGUAGACUUUUUUUAUAAAGUAUGAAAUAAAUAGUUACUUUAAUCAACGA